AUGGCAACCCCUCCGAUACUUGUCAAUGGUAUCGAUACCGAAACAUCGCUGAUGAUCGCUCAGCUGGCGCUUGAAGACAUCCAAUCUCGCGCUCGCCUGCUCCACGGAACUGACGAAGGGUUUGCUCUCGAGGUGAUGGCGGAGGACUAUAGACAGUUUCUACAGGCCUACGAUGAGUAUCGGAACCCUGGCGAUGAUGUUUCGUCGAGCGGCCGUUCUACCCCAGACUCGGUGUCGGAUUCGGAUGAUUCAGUAUCUCUUGAUCAGGUCUACUUUCCCCGUAUCAAAGUAAAUACCAGCCAUCAGAAUACCAAUUAUGGAGACACGCCUACAUCGAUGGCUGGCAGUCCUAAUUCUGAAUUUGCUUCGGAUUCGAGUGGCUCAACAUCUCAGUUCCGUGUCUACCUCUCUCGUUCCAGAUCCACUUCCCCAGAACUUGACCGAUAUAUCGAACCACUCGUUGAUUGCAUUGCAUGUGCAGAUAUGCUUUCUCCUUCCUCCGCUUUCCAAGCAAACUGCGGGCACCAUUUCUGUGAGCCAUGCCUGGAACAAUUCCUCACGACAUCGACCACCACCGAAUCUCUAUUCCCUCCUUGGUGUUGUACCCCUAACCAAAAGAUCGACGUCUACCAGCUGAUGACCCUCGACGGCCAUUCUCUAUCAAAGUCUGGUGCGGGUCCUUCAAUUAGCGACGGUUUAUGCCACCGCAUCCACGCCAAACUGAUCGAGUACGCCGUUCCGCACCCUGACCGUGUUUAUUGUCCCAACCCACGAUGUUCCGUAUUUAUUGGGUCGAAGACUACUCUCCAAGGACCUCCAGUUCAUCCUGUAACCUCAACCUCUAUCUCCAAACAACAGGCUCCGUUUAAAUGCCCAUCUUGCUCGUUCUCGGUCUGUCUUACUUGCCGGGAACCCGAACACAGAGGGAAACCUUGUCAAGUCAGUGCAACUGAAGGUUUUGACGACGCUUCCUUAGCCUUCCGAGACUUUGCCAAGGAGCGCGAGUGGCAGAGCUGUCCUGGGUGUCGGUUUAUGGUGGAGAAGACGGGGGGUUGUAACCAUAUCGUGUGCAGGUGUAAACAUGAGUUUUGUUAUCGGUGUGGUGGAACGUGGAGUAGCACUCAUGUGUGUUCUUGA